CGCGCACGCGCGCGUCUAUGACAGAGUUUCGCCAUUUUGAACACAAACAUAUGAACGAUUUUUAUUUUCCGAUCCCCCUUUCCCUCGCCUUGCGCGUGAGCAGCCGAGAUAACUCUGCGUAGUGACUAAGAGCAGAAUAAUUUUCAAAAAAACUCAUUUAUCGAUAAGAGGCAACAGAAAAGCAACUUUAGUGAGGACGAUGGCUCGCGCUUUGGGCAGAUAGUUGAGAGGAAAACGGUCUCGUGGCAGCUGCGGGGUUUCACAGAGCGCGCGCGGGGCAGCAGCAGCAGCAGCAGCAGCAGCCCGUCUGAAGACACUCACAGCGGGGUGUCAGACCGUCUGAGGCGUGCGUGUAUUCGAGGAAGGCCUGGUGGGAAGUGGACCUCAUGCAGAUUAAUGCUAGGUCAUUCUGUGCUGUCUGCAUUCUGCCACUCAAAUGCCUGUCUGCCUGUGGAGGAGGUGUAACUAAGGAUUCACACGUUUCAUCAGCUGGCCUGGGCUUCCUGCUGCAGCAGCCACCGCCGCCAUCAUGUUCUGGAAGUUUGACCUGAACAACACCUCCCAUAUCGACCAGCUGCUGGAUCGAGAGGGAGUGACUCUGAGAGAGUUGAUGGAAGAGGAGGAUGUCCUGCAGGAGUGCAAAGCACAGAACCGCAAGCUCCUGCUCUUCCUCUCCAAGGAUCACUGUAUGCUGGAGCUGGUCACCCUUAUUACGGAGGAGCCACCUUCUGACCUGGAGGAGAAAACUCGCUUCAAGUUUCCAAACAUAGCCUGUGAGCUCCUGACCUCUGAUGUGGCUCUUAUCAAUGAUAAGCUGGGUGGAGAUGAAUCCCUUUUGGAGAAGCUCUACCACUUUCUGGAGCAAGAGCCGCCCCUUAAUCCCCUGCUGGCGUCCUUCUUCAGCAAAACCAUCGGCAACUUGAUUGCACGUAAAACAGACCAGGUAAUCUCUUUCCUAAGGAAAAAACACAACUUUAUCAGUCUGGUGCUGAAUCACAUUGAUGCCUCGGCCAUGAUGGACCUUUUGCUGCGCCUCAUCAGCUGUGUAGAGCCUGCCCCCUUGAGGAUGGAGGUCCUCAAUUGGCUGAAUGAGGAGAGACUCAUCCAGAGACUCACAGAGCUCAUGCACACAGGGAGAGAUGAAGAGAGACAAUCUAAUGCAUCCCAGACUCUUUGUGACAUCAUUCGACUUAGUCGAGACCAGGCCAAUCAGCUGUCAGAGGUCACCGAACCAGACCCCUUACUCGCUGUCCUGGAGUCACAAGAGAAUGUGGCGGAGCUUUUGAAGAACAUGUUUGAAGGGGAAAGGACUGAAGCGUCUGUCGUCAAUGGAACGGAAGUGCUUCUUACAUUACUGGAGUCACGAAGGUCAGGGCUGGAGGGUCUGAUGGACCUGUAUUCUCAGGGAUGUGAAAGGUCUUACACUGUCAACAGCAGUAUUUUACGUGCUAUUGAGCCUCAUCUAAAGGACUUCCAGCAGCUCCUACUGAACCCUCCUAUGAGAAGUGCAAUACUCACUACAGUGGGCGUUCUGGAGCAGCCCCUGGGGAGCGCCCGCCUUCAUGUGGCCAGACUGGUGGCUUCUCUGCUGCAGACUUACGACCUCAGCAUCUGCCAAGAGAUCUGCAGACUCAACACCAUGGACCUGCUGUUGGAUUUAUUCUUUAAAUACACCUGGAAUAAUUUCUUGCACUUGCAAGUGGAGCUGUGUGUGGCAUCCAUCCUGAACCACUCUGCCCACGCAGACCUCCAGAACCCAGGUCUGCAGAACCACGAGGAGAGACCAGCUACAGGCACAGGCAACCAAGCGGAGGAGGGAACACCUGGCCAGAACAGCACCUCAGACCCAGCAAACACGCCCAUUCAAGAUGCUCUUGUUGCCAAUCUCUUCCAGCAUUGCCGGCUGGUGCAAAGGAUUCUGGAUGCUUGGGAGGAAAAUGAUAAAAUUCAGGCUGAAGGAGGAAGGCGAAGGGGAAACAUGGGUCACCUGACAAGAAUUGCAAACACUGUGGUUCAAAACCUGGAGAAAGGGCUGGCUCACUCUCAAAUUAAUGACCUAAUUAAAGAGCUGCCAGAAGACUGCAGAGGCCGCUGGGAGAGUUUUGUGGGUGACACUCUGAGAGAGACCAACAGGAGAAACACAGUGGAUUUGGUGAGCACCCAUAACUUACACUCAUCUAGUGAAGAUGAUGACAUGGAGAGCCCUUUCCCCAAUGAUCUGUCCAUCCAACAGGCGUUCUCUGAUUACCAGAUUCAGCAGAUGACCGCCAACUUUGUGGAUCAGUUUGGUUUUAAUGAUGAGGAGUUCAGUGAACAUGAUGAAAAUAUCAAUGCUGCGUUCGAUCGAAUUGCUGAAAUUAACUUCAAUAUAGAUGCAGAUGAUCAUAGUGCCAAUUCUGCAGCUUUUGAGGCAUGUUGUAAAGAAAGAAUCCAGCAGUUCGAUGACUGUGAGGAAGAGGAGGAUAUUUGGGAUGAAAAAGAAAUAAACUAUGCAACACAAAUCAAAUCCAGAUCGAGGUUCGGGGUGUCUCUUUCUUCAGAUAGUUCACCCAAGAGUGCAGUGAGGAAUGGGGGUGGAGGCUGCGGGUCGGCCUCUGAGGAAGAGGAUGUUGAGGAAGAGGCCAGUCCUCAGCAUUCUGCAGUGGCUCAGACUCAAAAUUCAAGCUGGACGGCGAGUUUUGGUGAGACGGAGGUGAGCUCCUCUAGCUCCUGGGGUGGCCCCCCUCAGCAGGGAGGUGAGGGUCCGCAGGACACAAGCUGGACCUCCUUCACUGAGUUCCAGCCUUUCAGCAGCACAGAGUCCAGCCAGACUGAGGGACAUCCUCAACAAGGCCAAGAGAAGAACUCGGCUGGCAGUGGUUCGGCUACAGGAGCGUGGGAAGGAAGUCCUGGGCAAAAAGCCCCUCUGGUGGCCUCAGACAGCAGCUCGUCUGGAGGCUCAGACAGUGAAGAGGACCCUGGAGAAAAUAAGACAGAGAGUUCCCCUAAAACACUUGCCAACCAGACAACAGCACCCUCGAGCGAGGUGCCUACUGAAGCUCUGGAGAAGCUCAGCAUCACAGACAAUAGUGAGUCUUCAGCGUCUACAGAAGAGUCAGACGCUACCACUGUGAUGGAGACAAGAGUCGAGGCGCCUUCUUCAGCUGAGAUCAUGCCUAACGGACCGGUCUGAAGGCUCUGGAUAGGAGUCCGACCCACUCUCUGCUUCUUCCAUUCUGAACCCCCAAACCUCAAUACCACUUUUGGUGUUUAAAUAAAGAAUGCUGCCAUGUUAUUGGUCCUGGAUACUGCCAAUCAGCCCAUAAUUGGAGGAGGAAGCCAGGGGCAUGUAACACAAGAAACCAGUAACCAGUACAGUGCUCAGAGGUGUUAGUCUUUUAAUCCUUUCAACUUUGUAUGAGAUAUGCACAGUUUUAAAUGUAGCAGUGACCGUGUGAUUACAGGAUCUGUCAGGACUUCUUUUUUUCCUUGGUUUGUGUCCCUCCCUUCAUUUUUCUGGAUCUGUUUUUUCGCUCUCAGCCUUGGAUGGUAGAAAACAGGGAUGUGAAGGUCCUAAUUGGAAAGCACAGGCUCAUCCUUCACGGCAUUACGUCUUGAACAUCCUCAUGCAAAAUCGAAAGCCUCGUUGCCUGACAACAGCCUCUGCAACAAUUUACUGUAUGUUGAAGCACAACUGAAAUGUUCUGUAAUGCUUGACACAUUUCUGCACAGGUCACCGCCCUGCCAAGUUCACUUUUAAGAUUU